UUGCACUCAGCAGUACAGCUGAGUGCAGCUAAAAAGAACUGAUGUACCAACUUGACACUUUGAUGAGUUGUAACAACCAUUGUAAAUAAUGAAGACCGAAUUAUACAAUGACAUAAUAACGACAAUUCGGAAUUUUCGAGGUCUGUCGAAAGAUUGUGCCAAAAUGCUGAAGGAAAAAUAUAACGAUAUACCGGUUAAUACACUCUACAGUAUUUUAUCUUUGGAAAUACAACAGAAAAUGAAAGUCAACCAUGUCAAAUUAUUCGGAAAUAAUAAAAGUUAUUAUGAUAGUUACUUGGAAGCAAUAAAUAAUAGAGAACCAACAGGUAUUUUAUUGAGAAUAGCCAAGGAUAUAGAUGCCUCACCUGCCUUAUUAGCACGUAAUGUCUUGGAAAGAUAUUGCAUGUUUGAAAAUGCAAAUGCCUCCAAGAAUUUAAUUACCAAGCUGUUUAAGGAUACUACACUAAUUAGGGACAAGGAUCUUGCGUAUGAGAUAUAUCUGUGUCUGUUAUACGAUGAUCUAUAUGGACCUAUAGCUGAUGCAAUGGGAAUUUGUAUAGGACAGGAAUAUGAAAUUAAGCUCGAGAACAGUUUGAUACAAAGAAAUAUCGCGUUCCGAAACGAAGAGCACUUACGAUUGCGGGGGUACGACAAAACUCCAGAUAUUAAAUUGGAAGUACCAAUCGCGGUGAACGGUUGUCUGAUCAACUGGAUUGAAUCAAAGGCACGUUUUGGUAAUGCGGAAGUUCAUCAGAAAUAUAUGAAGGAGCAGUUCUUGAGCUAUUGGAACAGAUUCGGAUCCGGACUAGUUAUCUAUUGGUUUGGAUUUCUCGAGACUUUGAACAAAUCGACCGAGAAGAGGUUUAUCAUAAUGGAUCAUUUUCCCGAAAAUAUCACUUAUAUGAAUCCUCUUUGCAUUAAAUCCACAAACACGUGACUAUACAUUAUCGGUAUUUAUUAAUUUUGUACAAUUACAUUUUGAAGAGUUCGACGCAACUCUCGCGGAUACAUUUCCCGACGAUACCCGUUACGGAAAGUGAUUUUAUCGUGUUCAACUGUUGUUUAAUAAAUUGAGACAAGAACGCAA